AUGAAAAUAAAACAAACAAAAAUCCCAGCAAAAUUGAUUACUGUAACAGCUGAAAGACUAUCGGAUAAUUCUCGUAUAACAUUUAAUAUAUCGUCUGAUAAAACAAUUGAACAUUUACGUUCUUUAUUAAAUCAUCAUUUACCACCAUAUUUACCAAAUAAAUUUUGUCUAUAUUCAUAUCAACGUGGCGCAUUAAUACAUUUUCAUCCACCAUCAUUCAAAUUAGAUUAUUUUCCUGUUAUAUUUGAUCAAUCUGUUCUAUUACUUAAAAUGGAUGAUCGUAUUGUUAAUAGUAUUAAUAUGAAUGAUGAAAAAAAAUUACAUAAAGAAAUAAAAAGACAUAAAUUUUCUUUAUUAAGACGCGUUUUAUCGUCAAAAACUACAACAAAUCAUGUUAGAAAACAAUCAUCAUCAGCUAAUAUCACAUGUUUAUCUAUAUUAAAACAAUUUUUUCGUCAAUCUUCAAAUUCGUCUAGUAUGAGUAUAGAUUAUUAA